AUGCCGACGAAUGCUGUGAUGCCCUAUGCCAUAGAACUUGGUGAGAAUUUUAACGGGAACAUUGCUAUUGCGGCACCAGCUUUUGAUGAGGACAAAUUACUUAUUUAUAGGGAAAUUUUCUAUGAUGGCUUCGCCGUAGUCAUCGCCGCUCGUGAUCUUACCACCGGCGGGGCGGUAGCGAUUAAAAAAACGGAUUUUGGCUACCUUGGCAACUGCUUUACUAAAGUGACGUACAUCCAAAGGCGUAUUUCAGCCAAACUCAGAAAACAAACAACGCGCAUAAAGACUCUUUCUCAUCCGGCCGUAAUGAAAUUGCUGGAUUUCGUCCUAGAACCUCGCAGGAUUGUUAUAAUCACUGAAAUGUGUCUUUUUGGAGAUCUGUUCAACUGGAUGCUCCAGCAACACACAAUUCGGUUUCGUGAUGUUUUAGUUAUGCUGCACGGUUUAUUCCAAGCAUUUCAGUUUCUUCAUGAUAAAGGGUACACACAUGGAUAUCUAAAACCUACAAACGUUUUAUUUCAAACGAUUUCUCCGCAUUCCUUAGUUAUUUUACCUGACCUCAGCGUCAAAAAAGAGGCAGCGUACCUUUUGAGCAGCCCCCUAGCAACUUGUCAAAGCUGUACUGCCCCAGAAGCUUUGCUGAAACUUGCAGAUUCUGUGGACACACCUCCGGAACUGGACCCAACGAAAUGCGAUGAUGACGCAUUUUUUGGCACGAAGGAAAUGGAUGUUUGGAGUAUCGGCGUAAUCGCUCUUAUAGCUCUUACAGGUGUCAAUUUCUUUCAUUAUAAAUCAAUACAGGAACUUAAAGAGCCUUUGGACUCUCGGCUUGAAAAGGCUUUUUCUCAUCCCAUCCUUAGUAUGUGCAACAAAGAUCUCGUCACUAAUUUGAAACGCUUUCUUACGAGUGAUCCCCGCAGCCGUGCGACAGCAGCAAUUGGAGCCAAGAUCAACUGGAUUGAUGAGGCCAAGGUGGUAGAUGAUGACAGAAAUCUACUUUUCAUGAUGGAGUAUGAUCUUCUAAACACAUGUAAAUACUUUCGGAGCUAUGGUCUUACGGUUUUGAAUGAAUUGUUAGAUAGCGUGCGGGAGCCAUAA